CCCUCUUCUAAAUCCUGGGACUAAAUAGUGAAGGAGCUUUGCUCUCAAUCCCAAAGGGCCUAUUUCUAGGACUUUCUCAGAGUUUCCUGCCUAUCCCUCUGCCCUGCCCUUACCUCAGCCUGUCCUGAGUACUGUCCUCCUGCUGAGGCUGGCCUAAGCACAAUGGACACUGGCUGAGUAAGGUGAGAAAAGGUUGGCUUAUAGCUGGCCAACUUCAAGGGACCCAUGAGCUUCUCUGCCUGACAAGUAGGGGCCACAGGGCAGAUCCCUACUCUUCAGGGGUGGGGCCCUGGUUUGUCACACUGUCACCCCUCCAGGUCACUGGGGGCUAUGAUGUGUGGUGUUGCCAUAGCAAUGAAGUAGAGGCAGGGCUCCUAGGGCAUGGAGCAGGACUAUGGAAGCCACCAAGAAGGCAGGGGGCCAUGAUCCAUCAGGCCCCCAGGGCCAGCCCUCAGCUAGCGGCCAGCAAAUGAGGGGAGGCCUCAGAGAAUCCCAGGGAUUGGGGAUAAGCUCAGAAUCCCUCAACUUCAAGCAGAGGUUGUCAUCAUUCACCGAGGCUGCCACUGAUGAAGCCCGUGACCUAGAUUUCCAGGCCCACAUCCCUGAAUCCAUUCACCAGGUACACCAGAACCCUGCUCAGCUUAGCUCCCCAUGCAGCUAUGUGCAGCCCUCCCAGGACACCCCAAGACUCUUCUCAGCUAGACUGUUUCCAAGACACAUCAUGGGAGCCCAACAGCAUCUGGUCAUGGACGAUGGGACUCUGCACCUGCCCCUGUGCAUGCAUAGCAACAGCACUGGUGACAUGACCCAGCAUGGAUCCUGCUGCUCCCGGCUUCAGGUGCAGCUUGGGCGGGAGGGCAAGGCUCCAGCUAAAGUCUUGGUAGGCUGGGGCAAGGGCCCCUGCAACAUUGACUAUAUGGCCCCUGUAAGCACCCGGAAGAGUCGACGGCUACCUUACUUCCUUUCAGGAAAGAAUCGUGCAGCCGAAGACCAAAGUUUUUCGGCUUUGGCUCCAGCUCAAGAUCAGGAGCAGGGCAAGAGCCCAGGUCCAACCCAGGCUUCCACCCUAGGCAAAACUUCUCCACUGUUACCAGCUCCUCCAACCCCAACUCAGGCUACUAAUUUAACUGUGGAACUAACUCCUGCAGCUGGACCUGACAAAGGUACCCUUGACCAGCCAACAGGUAACACUGCAGUUACCAAAGGCCUAUCUCAAGACGUGUCCCUUAAGAGGUAUGACAAUCAAGGUUCAAUCCUUUCGGAAUCUGUUAACGUGGUCACAUCUGGCCAGGACAAAGUGAAUUUCGACUCUAAUGGGGAGCCUCCCAACUUGGUACCUACUCCGAAACCAUUCCCAGAUCAUGCCCAGGGACACAAUGUUGCCAGAAGGCAGGUGCAAUCUGAGCAGCCUGAAAAUCUGGUAGAGAAGCCCAUGGUCUAUACCCCCAAACCAGGCCCAGAGCCUCCAGGUACACCCCAAUCCCAGCAUAAUAACCAGAAGAUUCGCAGUUCUCAGCCAGACAGGCAACUCCCCAGCAUCUACAAGAGCAACUGCUCCAGUGUGCCACUGUCUGCCUACCAAGUAACCUGCCAAAAGCAGUUACCACCUCAGUCUCCCAGGGAAGUUAUAUCGAUACCCCGCUCCAGUGCCCCUACUUGUCAGCGCCAGGAAGGUGUGGAAGACUCUGUGCUGGUGUUCGAUAUGGCUACAGGCAACACCAGGAUGGGGCUACUGUGCCACGAUCCUAUGGGCUCACGGGCAGUGCUGGUGGGCCUCAUGCCCAGCCAACCAUCUAUCUGUGCCCCUGAAAAUAUCCUUUCCACAAAGCCACCAGCCGGGCCCAUUCUCUCUCCUGCCAGCGAUCAUUCCAGCUUCUGGUCUACCACAGCUGUGUUGUCCAGCCCUGUGCCUUCUAGCCUCUCAUCAGGCAGCUACCGAGAGGUGACCCUGCUUCCCAAGGAAGCCAGGCUCAACUUGGAGUUACAGAACCCCCCUGGUAUUGAGACACCUGCUUCAGCUGGUACACUCACUGGACCUGUUCCACCAGGAAGAUCCCUCCGAUUUGGUGAGGAGAUACAGACUUAUGCUCCUGAUCCCAGCUUAUCCAAACCUGAUACCAAAGAAAAUGACCUUAGUCACACCAUCCGGAUGUUGGAGUCUUCCAGGAUGCCGGAUGCCUCCAAGGUCCAGACUAAGAAACAGCUGUAUAUGAACUCUGCUUCACCAGCCAAUACACAGGUGGUACCCACGUCUCAGUUCCAGCAGGAUGUAGACAGCAACAGCCAGAAAAACAUUACCACUCUCUCCAAUAACCAUCAGGCUGAAGAUGCUAAGCAGGUCCCCAUUACUGGCCAGACCUUCCACAAUGCACAGAACCUCCUUGCUAGACAGCUACCUGUAACUGAACAGGGCUUUCCAACUGGUCAGCCCCACUCUACCAAGCAAACCCCCCUUAAUAGUCAGCCUCCUUUCACUGGGCAGUCCCCUCUUGCCAGAAAGCUUUCUUUCACUGAGCAGAUACCCUCCACCAGGAAGCCUCCCAUCAUCAAAGAUCCCACCUUCUCAAGAGGACACCUCACCUCUGAGGAGCCUGGCCAGCCCUCCACCCAAGAUGGUGUGUCCUUGGGCCUGCCUACCCAUGCAGGGAUCGUUCAAGUGCCUCUGACCCCUGAGAACACCUGUAGCUAUGUGGAUAGAGACAAAGUAGGCAUUGGUAGCAUUCAAAACCCCAGCCUGCAUCUGCAUCCUGGCAGCUGUUUAAGGGUCCAGGAGGAACAGCUUUCUCUGAUCACAUUAACUACACCUGGCACUGGCUGCACAGUCUUGCCCAUUGCCAUGGUGGGCACCAAGCAUCAGAGUGGGAACCAGUUCAGUCCGACAGGUGAUGAUAUUACACAUUCAUCAGUCAUUGCACACCUUGGUCCACUCCGUGGGGCAUGCUAUGAACUGGUGUCUGCCGUGGAUACCCUGCCAAGGCGGUCAUCAGUGCUUUGCCACCACGCAUUGGGCCCCUACCAGGACAUGGCAGCAGUAGUGAUUGAUACGGGCAUGGGAUUCUCCAAAUGUGGACUGGCUGGAGAGGACCAUGUCCUCACUGUGGUACCCUCACAAGUUCAGCUGCUUCAGCAUGCAGCCCAGGGCCAGCCCCGGUAUGCAGUCCCUGAAAACCAAGACGGCUCCUACCCAGUGCUGAACCGAGGGGUGGUCUCCGACUGGGAUGCACUGGAAGUGCUAUGGCAGCACCUGUUCUACUGCAGGCUAGGGGUGCAGCCUGAAGAGCUGGCUGUGCUUGUGGCUGAUUCACCCAUCUCACCGCGUACCAACAGAGAGAAGGUGGCUGAGAUACUCUUUGAGCAUUUCCAUGUGCCAGCCAUGCAGACAGUGCAUCAGGCUCUGCUGGCACUUUAUGCUUAUGGGCGUACCACUGGGCUGGUAUUAGGCAGUGGCCAUGGCACCUCCUAUGUGGCACCCAUCCUCACUGGCCAGCUGGCCCCUUCUGACACCUACCGUCUGGAUGUGGCUGGUACUGAUCUCACUGACUACCUGGCUCAGCUACUGCUGGCAGGUGGUCACUCAUCACUCAAGACAGGGCUGGUCCACCAGAUUAAAGAAGCCUGCUGCUAUGUGGCCAUGGAUAUGGCAACUGAGCUGGCCAACACCAAGGCCCAGACCCCAGUGGAUUUUGUGCUCCCAGAUAAGCAGGUUAUCACACUGGGUUCUGAGCGCUUCUGCUGCCCAGAGGCUCUCUUUCGGCCCAGUCUGCUAGGCCUUAACCAGCCAGGGCUCCCACAGCUGGCCCUGCUAAGCAUCAGUCGGCUAGAGACCAAACAGCAAGAGCAACUGCUGGCCAAUGUGGUACUAGAUGGGGGCAGCACCCUGCUAACUGGCUUCCCAGAGCGCCUGAAACAGGAGCUAGGCCCUCAGGCCUCUGUGCUGGGCUCUCCUCACCGUGCAGUUGCUGCCUGGCUCGGGGGCUCCAUCAUGGCAUGCAGGGACUCCUUCAAGAGCCUAUGGCUCAGCCGCCAUGAGUACGAGGAGGAGGGCCCAUGGGCUAUCUACAAGUAUCAGCUGUGA